GCCACCAACAAACACACACAAACAGAGACACCUGUACACACACACAGACAUGUACAUACACACACACACAUGCAUACACACACAGAAACAUGUACACACACGCAUAGAAACACAUGUACACACACACACAUACAGACACAUGUAUACACACACAGGUAUGUACAGACAUACACAGAAAUACACACGCACAGACACAUGUACAUACAUACGCAGACACAUGUACACACAGCACAUGUACGUACAUACCCACAAACACACAUGUACACACACACACAGACACAUGUACACGCACACACAUACAUGUACAUGCAUACACAGACACAUGUACAGAUACACACAUGUACAUACAUACAGACACAUGUACAUGCAUACACAGACACACACACACCCCUAUAAAAAGUUGCAGAACUUUGUUGUUCACUCACAGAGCUGGAUACUGCACUCUAGGGGGUGGCAGAGAGCACAGCACACACUCCUUCCUUUGCUUUCACUGUGUUCAGCUAUUGAGCAGUCUGACAGCUGCCGGUGCCAAUGACAGAUCCAGCCUGAGCUCCGGGCCUGCUCAGCAAGACGGCCCUGGGGGACACAGUCGCCCCCACCAUAAUUUCCACUCGCCAUUGGCGAGCAAGCGAGUGGUAAUUUCA